AUGUGCAUCCUCACAUAUGCAAUAGAAACUACAUAUGCGUGGCAAGAAGACCUCGAGAAAGCAGCGGAUCAACCGAGCGCCAAUCCAGUUGACGCGGAACUACAGGGUCGGUUGCAAAACCAGAUCAAUAAUUGGUCGAUCGUCUGGAAAGCUAUGGUCGAGACGCACAAAUACCGAAACACUAUCAACGGUGUUAGAAAGGACAACAUCAAUUUUUCGUCCUUCGGCCUCGCAUACUUUACAGUCAUCAUUUAUCCGUUUUCAGAGUGA